AUGAAAAAUUUAUGUCAACAUGAUGCUCUUUUGGCUAUGGGCGACAAGGUACAAUCAUUGGUGGUGGGGAGUCACCAUCGUCGAGGUCAACUCGAUCAAUUUCCUGUCAAUAUUCUUUCAGCGCUUUUUCCAAAUUUAAAAUCGCUUUGCUUGUCUCAUGCAAAGACGAUUGAAUCGAUUAAAAUCGAUUUUCGGCAUUUGAAACAACUGCAUAUUCAACUCGAUGAUACAUCUUCAAAUGAUUUCCCUAGACGUUUGUUUAAAAUGGUUUUGUCCGAUCAAUGCAAUAUCGAAAUAUUUGGAUACGAGUCGCAGUAUUUUGAUCGAAAGUGGCUACCAGAAACAACAGUCUCAUUAGCUAUGCGACGUUUGACCUUCAAAACAUACGAUUUUAGUCAUUUAUCAAGUAUAACGAAACACACGCCCAAUCUCGAGUAUUUGAACGGUAUCGCUACUGACUUUUACUUUGAUGAUUUAUCACCGAUCAAUCUGCCACAUCUCACUGAUUUGGCACUCGCCGAUGAAAUGCGACCAAAACAGUAUGGCAGGUACCAGAUUUAUCGUGCAGACUUUGAUCUAAUAACAGCAUUUAUCGAGCAGUUUGCUGCUACACUGACUAAUCUGUCUCUAAACAUUCCUCAUUCGAAUCAGGACGAGCAGAUCUCGAUAGAGAAAUUAACAUGUCGACUAAAAAAACUGAAAUACUUUGAUUAUUAUAUCAAAACAUCCCACUCGUCGUACAUUUACUCGAUGCCGUUUGCAUUUAAAACAUAUUGUGGUACUCAGUCAAACGUCGGUGAUUCGAGUAUGUGGACAAAUGUCGAACAAGUUAGCAUGGAUUGGUUUAUUAUCGGGAAACCCGAGUUUGGUUGUUUGAAGAAUGUUAAACGAUUGAUAUUGACGGAGCAUUAUUUAGCAGAAAUGAAAGAUGAUGUUCAUGCUCGAAUCGAAGAUGUUCAAAUUAACUCUUGUUGUGAGCUAAGUGUGAUAGAGGAGUAUUUGUGGAAUAUGUUUCCGAGAUUACAGAUGGUGGAAGUAAACUGUAGUCAUCGAUCGUAUGACAAUCAUACGAUCAUCGCAAGAACACUGCUAAGCAUGCUGAAUAAGCUUGUCUCACUAACUUUUGCCUACGUGCCGAGUGGUAGCUGCGAUAUGGUUUGUCCACUUCCGACGAUUGAAGCAGUAGUAACGUCUGUGUCGAAACUUGAUAAAGAACGUCAAAUUACUAAGCAAUUUCAGAUGGUAGUCAAUGAGAAGGAGGACUAUUUACAGUGGUGGAAAUAA